ACAUUUUCGUCCGCAGACUCACACUCUUCGUAAAGACUGAACACUGAAGACUGCAAUGGAAAAUAAGGUGUUCUGGUUACUGACCAUUUCCCUCAUUGUGGGGCUCAGCGAUGCCUUGCUGCCUCCAGGUGAAUGUGAUGUGCAACCAAAAGCAAGAGAAAACUGUGGGUAUCCAGGCAUCACUGAAAUUGAAUGUAGUGCAAGACAAUGCUGCUUUAAUUCAGAUACCCCAGAUAGCCCCUGGUGUUUCAAACCGGUUCCAGCAGAAGAAUGUCAACUAUAAAAUGGAUCUUCUCUAGAAACGUGUCUCUCACAGUGGAGUUCUUCAUUAUGACAAUGACAAAGUGCUCUCAUCUGUACAAUGUAUACAAUCUGUAAUUAUGCUGAUUUUCAUGCAGGUCAUUUCUGAUCCCUCUGUUUUCUUUACAAUGACAUAGUUUACCACUGCAAUCUUUUUUCUAUACUUUAGUAUCAUGCACCUGCCUGAAACAAUAAAAGCAGCAAAACAAAAAUUGCAA